AUGGCUACUGCUUCUUCAUCUCUCACGUUCUCCACAUCUCUGCCAAAACUUUGCAGACCCUACUCCAUUUGUAUUACCUCACCACCACAGGUAUCACUUAAUUUCAAGGAACUCAAUUAUUCAGUGAGUUCUGCUUUAAAGAUAUCAAGAAGAACAACAACAAAGGCAUCAUCCAUGGCUUCUUCUGGGAUCACAACCGUUGAUCAGAGUAACAAGAAGGUAGUAGAAGUGUUUGAUACAGAGGAGGAUUUGGCUGUGUCUCUUGCAAAAUACACAGCUGAUUUAUCUGAUAAGUUUGCCAAAGAAAGAGGGGCUUUCACUGUUGUUGUGUCUGGUGGUUCUCUCAUCAAGUCCCUCAGGAAAUUAGUGGAGGCACCUUAUGUGGAUUCAAUAGACUGGUCAAAAUGGCAUGUGUUUUGGGUUGAUGAGAGAGUUGUUCCUAAAGAUCAUCCAGACAGUAACUACAAACUUGCUUUUGAUGGUUUCCUCUCAAAGAAAUAUGAGCAUCAUUUAGGCGACCCAGUUGAUUUUGCUGAGAAGUCUAGAUAA